GGGGAAGGUGAGAGACCAGCCUAAAACUACACAGAGUAAACUUGUUAAUGAUCUCAAGGCAGCUAGGAGCACAGUCACUAAGAAAACCAUUGAAGAAUGGCUCGUAAAGCUGUCUGCUGUGGCCUCAGCAGUCUGGAGCUGGUGCUCAUGGUUCUGUUCCUGCUGAUGACUGGAAUUGCAGUGGCGCUCAUCACUGUGUUAGCCAUCAACCUCAACUCCCCAACAGAGAAGCCAGAAGAACCCAUUCCAUCAAUAAACCCGCCAAAGAACCCAUAUCUGAUUGGACUGGGCCGAGCAGACUGCACUGGACCAGCGGCUGAUGUGCCCUUGAUGGGCUACGCCAACCUGGAACAGACUGCAGGAGGGAUCCACACUCGUCUGUUCAGCAGGGCCUUUAUUGUGGAUGAUGGCAGUAAGAGGGUGGUGUUUGUGACUGCAGAAAUAGGCAUGAUCUCCCAAAGACUGAGACUAGAGGUGCUGAAAGAGCUGGAGCUGAAGUACGGAGAUCUCUACAGGCAAGACAACGUAAUUCUGAGUGGAACACACACACACUCCGGCCUGGCGGGCUAUUUCCAGUACACACUCUUUAUGAUCACCAGUAAAGGCUAUAUCAAGUCAUCUAUCCAACCCAUCGUCAAUGGAAUUGUGAAGAGCAUUGACCUGGCGCAUAGGAACAUGAGGCCUGGAAGAAUCUUCAUAAAUAAAGGAGAGCUUCUGGAUAACACUCGCAACAGGAGUCCGCACUCGUACCUGAACAAUCCUGAAGAGGAGCGAAAGCGAUACAAACAUGACACCGACAAGCAAGUUGUGACCCUGAAGUUUACAGAUCUAGAUGGAGACGGAGUAGGAAUGCUCAGCUGGUUUGCUGUUCAUUCAGUCAGUAUGCAUGAAACCAAUCAUAUGGUGAGCUCAGACAACCUCGGCUAUGCUGCCUAUCUGUUUGAGCAGGACAAAAACAUAGGCUCUUUACCUGGGCAGGGUUUGUUUGUAGCAGCGUUAGCUUCUGCUAACAGUGGAGAUGCGUCUCCUAACACUCGUGGUCCGUACUGUAUAAAUACGGGAGAGAGAUGUGAUUACCUCAACAGCUCCUGUCCCAUUGGUGGGAGAGAAAUGUGUCUUGCCUUUGGUCCAGGAAAAGAUAUGUUUGAAAGCACAAGAAUUCUAGGAGAGAAUAUCUACAGGAAAACAAAGGAGCUGUAUGGAAGUGCUGAGCAGGAGCUGCAGGGCAGCAUCCAUGCUGCUCAUCAGUGGGUCAACAUGACAGACGUCACGGUCCAGCUUGACUCCACCCAUAGCGGUAAGACAUGUAAACCAGCACUGGGCCACAGUUUUGCUGCAGGAACGACUGAUGGAGGCGGAGCUCUCAACUUCACACAAGGGUCAGUUGAAGGAGAUCUAUUCUGGGAUGGUAUAAGGGAUGCGCUUGUUGGCGUUCCUUCCCAAGAAACUCAGGACUGUCAUGCUCCUAAACCCAUUCUCUUCAACACUGGUGAGAUGAACAAGCCCUUCCCAUGGCACCCAGCCAUAGUGGACGUUCAGAUGAUCACCAUCGGCUCACUGGCCCUAGUGGCAGUUCCAGGAGAAGUGACCACCAUGUCAGGUAGAAGGAUCAGAGAGGCUGUAAAACAGGAGCUGGAGAAGCAAAAUGCCUUCACCAACCCGGAAGUUGUGGUUGCUGGUCUGUGCAAUGUCUACACACACUACAUUACUACGUAUGAAGAAUACCAGGUGCAGCGCUAUGAAGCAGCAUCCACUAUUUAUGGUCCUCACACUCUCUCAGCCUACAUCCAGCACUUCAGAGGCCUGGCCAGAGCCAUAGCAGAGGGUAAAGUGGGGGAGCUGCCGAAGGGCCCUGAGCCUCCAUUCUUCAGUAAUCUCUUCUCUCUACUGCCAGAAGUACCUGUAGAUAAAAGCCCAGGAAAUACCACCUUCGGACAGGUGAUCCAGCAGGUCGAUCCUCUUUAUAAAGUGGGUGAAGUUGCAACCGUCACUUUUGUUGCUGGAAACCCAAGAAACUCCGGGGACAUGAGAGACAAGACCUUCAUCACAGUGGAGAAGUUUCACAACAGCACCAGCACAUGGGAGGUUGUUCAUACAGAUGCAUCAUGGGAAACCAGGUUUUACUGGAUUAAGGGGACUGCUAAUCAGAGUAAUGCCACUGUGGAGUGGCACAUCCCUCUCUCAGCAGAGUCCGGCGCCUACAGGAUCCGACACUUCGGCCACUACAAACAGCGCGUGAUAUUUCCUGUGAUCACUGCAUACGAGGGAUCUUCACACACGUUCAGAGUCACCAAAACACUCUAUUCUCUAUAACACUCUGUUCUCUGUAACACUGUUUAGUCUAAAGCCCUAUCUGGACGGGAUUCGUUUUCACAGGAGGGUCCUCUGCGAUUUUAUUUCACUUUUAUUUAUAUUUUAUUAUCUCUGAGUUUCAUCACCUCACGUUCAAUGAAAUAGCUAUUUGUCCACUGCCACACACCAUAUUUACACUUUGAGCAUGUGUCUCCAUGGAGAUGCACGUAAACACAACAGCGAGUGCAAAUGGAGGAGCUACUGAACCAAUUCCUCAGUGUAGGAAAUACAAAUUUGCCCUAAACCUCAAUAAAUUGCUGAAGGUUGCUGAACUUAAGUGCUCCACGGCUAUCAUCACAUUAGCCUAAAGAGGUGGUUUCGGUGCAGAUAUACUGAACCAUUUUAAUACCAAUAUAUGAUUAGUUUGCACUGUGAGAACACUUCUUUAGAUUUGUUAUUUUAACCAAUUACAGAAGUUUGAGGCAGGCUUACAUCAACCAUUUAAACAAUAGAAGAAGAAAAAGAAGUGGUGUUGUGCUGAAAGGCCUGGCGCAUACAACAGGUUACACUGGUGAUUUCUGUAUCUACCGUAACUGUAGAUUAAAGGUUUUUAAAUUGUUUGUACUUAUUCUGCCAUGGGACCCACAUGCACUUAAAAGGAAAAAAAAAAUUCAGAAGAGAGGGCAAAAGAGCAGAAUUCAGCACAACACCUCCAAAUUGACAACACUUGUCAAAUUAAAGACAUUCUACAGGCUAAUGUAGGUAAACUCCACCCACAGGUGCUAAAGACAGGACGUAGUAUAUAGUUCUGCAAAGCGCUGAAUCCCUAAACUACAGUGUGAAACCAACACUUGCCUGACACAAUGUGCAGUAUAAAAUGUAAUAAAUACAUCAACCUUGAUUCACAGGGUCUACUUCCUUUGAUACUAUUCUUUUAAACUCUCUACUGCUUCUGAAAUAAUACUCAAGUUUCUUGGUUUAAUGCUGUAACUAUAUUUGCUUCUUGAGAAAAAAAUGUUGUACGCUUUUGCUGUUUAAAUAUUUAACAA